AUGGAUCGCAAAUCUUCGCCUGAAGAGAUUGCUGCCAUCAGACAAUCCUUCUUCGAUGAGGGAAUUAUUGAUCAAGCCCAAUUUGAAAUGCUUGAAGGAUUAGCGGAUGCUGAAGAGCCUAACUUUGUGGAAGAGGUGAUGAAAUUGUUCAUCAACGACUCAAAAAAACAGAUAGACAGCGUGGAGCAGCUAAUGCGCACCCCAAUAAUUGAUUCAGAUGAGAUUGAUGAUAUUCUGUAUCAGCUCAAGGGUAGCAGUGCCAGCACUGGCACAAUCAAAAUCAGGAAUGAAGUGGUGAAAACAAGGUCAUACUUGGAGCAAGGGAAUAUUGAAGGUUCCAAAGUUGCAUUUGAGGACUUGAAGAUAGAACAUGCAAUUGUGAAGGCCAAGCUUGAGAGUUAUUUUCAGGUGUUGAAACAAGCCAAAUCAGCAGCUGGUGAUGGUGAUGACACAUCUCUGCCUCCAAAAUGA